AAGCAACAAGCGGAGAGGCUUGCGAAAUCGUAAUUUCGGAGGCCUGUGAGCGCAAGGCAGCGGCGCAGUUGUUGAGUAUACGACUCGUUGCAGCGCCACCAGCCCGUGCUAGGCGUGAAACUCGCGCAAACGCAGCGCUGGGCUCAUUCGACCCUCCACCACUGCGCAAAUUCCACACGCGUCAGAGCCGACGCGGCCUCUAGAAGCCAAGCAAGCAGCGAUGGCCGCCGGAAUACCAGAAGACGUGCCGCCCGUCGCGGCCCACGAGGCCCAGGCCUUCCAGGCCUUCGUCAUCGACGGCGUGACCAAGCAGCUCCAAAAAGACAAUAAAGCCGAGAGGUUGCCAGAGUUUAUAAGAGCGGCCGGCGCCUAUGGCAAGGGAGACCUGGAUGCUGAUUCGUUUUUGCUCACGCUGGCGGAUCUGUUUGGCGAGCAGCGGUCGCUCAAGUUACUACCGUCUCUCGCGCGGCUCGUGAAGAAUGAUGAUAGAAGGCGUUCCUUACUGAAAGCGGCGCGCGGCGCCGGGGUCGUGGAGGUGCUCGGCGCGGACUCUCCGAACGGGGGCGCGGCCGCGCCGGAGCCCGCGGCCGUCGCAGCGCCCGCGCCGGAGCCUGUGGCGCCCGCGCCGCCCGCGGAACUCCCUGCGGCCGUCGCAGCGGCGCCCGCGCCUGCAACCGAAGAGCCCGUGCCGGCGCCGCCCGCGCCCGCGGCGCCCGAGCCCUCUGCGCCGGCCGUGGAAGAGCCCACGCCUGAGCCGCCCACGCCGGAGCCCUCCCCGCCGGCGCCGACCGAAGCGCCAGCCGCGCCGGAAGCGCCGACGCCGGAGCCGCCUGUGCCGGAGCCACCCGCGCAAGCGCCGGCGCCCGCCGAAGAGCCGCCGACGGUGGAGGCGCCGCCGGCGCCCGCGCCCGCCGCCGACGCCAAGAAGAAGAAGAAAAAGAAGAAGAAGGGCCGCCGGCGCGCCGGAAGCGCCGGAAGCGCCGACGAGCCUGCGCCGGCGCCGCCCGCGCCGGAGGCCGCCGACGCCGGGCCAGAAGCGCCAAAGCCGGAAGCGCCAGCAGCGGAAACGCCGGAGGAGCCCUCGACGCCGACGCCGACGGUCCCCGCGGACCCGGCCCUCUUCACGCCGCGGCCGGCGACGCCCGAGCCUACCGUUCCCGCCGACCCCUCUUUAUUUACGCCAGUGGCGUUCGCGGACGCGUCGCGCGAAAUGAUAGAGGAGCUCACGGCACCUGAUAUCAUCCCCCAAAGCAACGUCCUGCCCACUGAUGCCGUGGCAGGCGCGCAGGCAGCCGCCGACGAGCGAGCUCAAGCGGGCUACGACGCCGACGGAAAGCCCGGCGGCCCGUACACGGAAGACAAACCGCCGCCCGGCCGCGUCUUCGGCGCCUACCGGAAGGGCUGCACGGGCAUCGUCUGGAAGGCCGCCGAAUCCACGACGGCGGCGGAGCCGGCCGAGCCCCUGGAACCGGCGGCGGCGGCCGCGGCGGCCGAGGAGGCACCCGCGGCGACCCAGGAAGAGCCGGAGUCCGCCGCGGCCGGCGAGGCCGAGUGGGAGCGGCAAUUGGCCGCCCUCGAGGCCGAGAAGAAGGCGCAACAAGCGGCGGCCGAGGAGACCAAGGUUUCCCAGGAAACCGAGCCGCGCCGCGCGGUCGCGGCCUUCGCCGCGGCUGAAAAUUGGCAGAUGUCCGUCAAGGAGGGGGAUAUCGUCGAAGCCAUCAAAGAUCAUGCGGAUGGCUGGACCGAGUGUCUCUACGAAGGCAGGUCGGGCGCCGUGCCCACAACGUACCUCGAGAAGGUUGUUGAGCCGUCUCCAGAAAAAUCGACGCUCGCGACGGGCAACGAAGCGGCGGAGCUCCAGAGAGAUGCGGUGCGCCGCGUGCGCGCGAGACUAGACCAACUCAAUAGAAGUGAACGACUGCCCGAACUCGUCCAGGGGACGCGGCGCUACGCGGCCGGCGAUCUGACCGCUUCAGGUAUGCGGUCGGCCCUCGCCGACUUAUUAUCUUCGGAUGAGGAGGCUAGAAUUGUUUGCAGGACGCUGGCUCGGCUCGUAGUAGAUGACCAGAAGAGAAAUGCUCUAGCGGCGGCCGCGGAGGCACCCGCACAAGUCGAGAACGAGGACUUCUUCGCGGCGGUCGCGCGGGACACGGCGGAGCUACGGCAACAAAAGUCCGAGGAGGAGGACCGGAGAGUGUCUACCUCUUCCGCUGCUGAAGAUGAAAGGGAAAUUUUACUAGCGAGGUCCCACGGCGUCGGCGUCUCGCCAGAUGUGGUGACGCGGUUACAAAGACUGCAGGAGGACGAGGAGCUCGCGAAGCGGUUGCAACGAGAGGAAGAAAGGCGCAAGUCGAACUCGUACGCCGAAUUAUCAAGGCAGCGCACGGACGCGGCGUUAGCUGAGAGGUUAGCGCGGACUCCAGCGCCCGCGCCGCCGCCGCAACAGAGCUUCUGGGGCUCCCUGUUCGGCGAGGACGAAGAGGUUCCGGCGCCUCCCCAUUCACCAGAGACGGAUAGAAAGGUCCAGGAGGACGCCGACGCCGCGCUCGCGCGGCGCCUCCAGGCCGAGGAGCACGCGCGCGCGGCGCGGCGGCGCGCGCCCGCGGUCUACGACACGCCGACGUAUUCGCAGCCCGCCGUGCAGUACGAUCAAUAUGGAAGGCCGUCCCAGGCACCCUACCGGCAACCGCAACCGCCGCCGCCGCCGGCCUACGCUUCCGAACCAAGUGUAGACGAGUACGGUCGCCCCGUGAUGCAGCAGCAAACUAGGGCGCCGUCCUACGCGCCGCCGCCGCGGCAGGACUAUGAACCGCAGGCGCGGCGCUACGUGCCGCCCGCGCCGCCGCCAGCACCGCCGCCCUACGCGCACUCCAUGCGCGGGUCCCUCGGCUCGGCGCCGUACGCGCGGCCGGCGGCUCCCGCGCCGGCACCGCCGCCUCCACCGGCAGUAGAAGAGGCGGGGGACCUCUUCUCGUGCGGCGCGUGCGGUGCACAAAUGCAGGUCCGCGGGGCCGAGCCGGGAGCGCAGUUCACGUGCACGGAGUGCGGGGCGGUGAACGAGAUCUAA